GUGAAUGCACUGCAUCUCUCUGCAGUGAAGGGAAGCGACAAGGUAGGCUGUCAUUCUGCACAAGCUGCCCAGAACAAGGUCUCCUAAGCAGCAAAAUUGCUCCGCUUCAGAUCGGCCAGACCGUUACGCUGUCUCUGGAGACACGAAGCCUUCAGUAUGUUAAAUUACUUUCAUUAUGCAUUUGGAGAUGCUUAUUGAUUCUACGGUCGGAAGUGGGAGACUGCAGCAGGCUCCGAGAGCAGCAUUGCAUGCUGUAUGCAUGAGCACAGCGCUGAAACAAUGGCACAGCACAAAUACAAAUAUUCAUUAAGGUCCUGUUUUGGAGUGAUGCUUUUCACCCUCUUUCCCCUCUACUCUGCUAACAAGUGAGAAAAAUAUAUUUUUUUAAAUCAAAAGCAAUGAAUCCCUCCAAACUGGAACUGCUCCACCAGCUUCAGGAAUUUAUUCAAUCCUCAGUAAAGCAUCCAAUUCAGUUUGGUUACUGAUGACAUGAAGAAUCCAGUUUCCUGGGGAUAUUCCUUGCAGAGCUUCAGGAUGUGCUUAUAAUAUAUGUUUUUGAACAGGGGAAAUUAUGGAGUUCUAUAUUACCCCUCAAAUGGUGUGUAAUGCACUUGUGUACACAGACAACUAAAAAGACACCUGCUCAAAUGAAAGAUUUAUUCGGUGGCUUAUUGCUACAGGAAAAAUGGCGAGCAUCUCCUGCAAGUGGAUUUACAAUGUAAAAUCAGGAUUGUGGAUAUGGCUGAUGAACGAAGGAACAUUAAGGAAAGAAUUCCCUGAAAAAAUAUCUGGAUAACACCAACAAGGAUUGAGGCAAAUUUGAAUGGCUCUGCAGAAUAUUAUUUGGGUUAUUUCUACAAAUGACUAAAGUUUAAGGAAACAAUCAUAAAUAGGAUGAUAUAGAUCAUGGCUUCAAAGGAAAACAUGAAAACUGGAUUAUUAGAACAAACAGUAAUUUCUAUGACAAAUCUGCAACACGGGAGUAAUGAGCAAUCUAUAACUCCAAAAUAAUGAUUGGAGAUUAAUAAAAUCAGUACACACCUAUAACAAGAGGAUAUAGUGAAUUAAACUGGUUUCGAUUUUUAUUUUGCUACUACAAGGAGUGGGGGAGAAGGAUGGUGCCAAGCAACACAGAAGAGGAAAGAAACUAUGAACCACUGAGAACAGGGCUACUAUCCACUGAUGGAUUAAAAGAUCAUUUUUUUCAUCGGGUUCUGCUCCGUGGAAACGUAUUAGGAAAUUAAAUGUUUUUGUUUACUCUGCUGCUGGUGUGCUGGAACAAAAAGAAAACUAAAAUAUUCUGUCAGGCAGGAAACAGAUCGCAGCCAUCUCUCUGUUGCCAGGUGAAAACGCAUGUCAAAAUCUGUCAGUGACACCAUGUAUGAAUUUAUGACAAGCUGCUCCUGCGAGCUGAAGGGCCCUUGAGGCAACAGAAAACAGGGCAAAACAAACUUCCAACAAAAGAAUGUGUUUCUCUUCCAUUCCAGAAGUCAACAUGCAGUCUGAAUCUAACAUUACAGUUCGAGAUGCCAUUGAUGACAUCAACACCAAUAUGUACCAGCCACUGUCUUAUCCAUUAAGCUUUCAAGUGUCUCUCACUGGAUUUCUGAUGUUGGAAAUAGUAUUGGGACUUGGCAGCAACCUCACUGUAUUGGUACUUUACUGCAUGAAAUCCAACUUAAUCAAUUCUGUCAGCAACAUUAUUACAAUGAACCUUCAUGUUCUCGAUGUAAUAAUUUGUGUGGGAUGUAUUCCUCUAACUAUAGUUAUUCUUUUGCUUUCACUGGAGAAUAACUCUGCACUCAUCUGCUGCUUCCAUGAAGCUUGUGUGUCAUUUGCAAGCGUUUCCACUGCAAUCAAUGUCUUUGCGAUUACUCUGGACAGAUAUGAUAUCUCUGUGAAACCUGCAAAUCGUAUUUUGACAAUGGGAAGGGCUGUGAUGCUCAUGACAUCAAUAUGGGUUGUCUCCUUUUUCUCCUUUUUGAUUCCAUUCAUUGAAGUCAAUUUCUUCAGUCUUCAUAGUGCAAAUACUUGGGAAAACAAGACACUCUUGUGUGUCAGUGCAAAUGAAUACCACACAGAACUAGGAAUGUACUACCAUCUUUUAGUACAAAUUCCAAUCUUCUUCUUCACAGUCGUAGUAAUGCUAAUUACAUAUAGCAAAAUACUCCAGGCACUUAAUAUCCGAAUAGGCACAAGAUUUUCUACGGGACAAAAGAAAAAAGCAAGGAAGAAAAAAACAAUUUCUUUGUCUACACAACAUGAAACCACUGAUGUAUCACAAAGCAGUGGAGGGAGAAACGUCGUCUUUGGGGUGAGGACUUCAGUUUCCGUGAUAAUUGCUCUACGACGGGCUGUAAAGAGACAUCGCGAACGGCGAGAAAGACAGAAAAGAGUCUUCAGAAUGUCAUUAUUAAUCAUUUCAACUUUUCUUCUCUGCUGGACACCAAUUACAGUUUUAAAUACUACAAUUUUAUGUUUGGGCCCAAGUGACCUUUUGGUAAAGCUGAGAUUAUGUUUUCUAGUCAUGGCAUAUGGAACCACCAUCUUCCACCCUUUACUAUAUGCAUUCACUAGACAAAAAUUUCAAAAGGUUUUGAAAAGUAAAAUGAAAAAACGCGUCGUUUCAAUAGUAGAAGCUGACCCUAUCCCAAACAAUGCUGUAAUCCACAACUCAUGGAUAGAGCCUAAGAGGAACAAGACAAUUACUUUUGAAGGCAAUGAAGUAAGACAAAAGUGUUUAGUACCUCAGGUCGUCACAGACUAGAUUUCAGUAUUCAUUAUCUUUGAAGAAUAACUGUAUGGAAAAGAUGAAUUAAAUUGCCAAAUUAAGAUUUUUAAAAAAUGAAUGAAUUGGCUAGAUGAUAAUUGUUUGACAUGUGUUGAAUAGAUUAGGCCUGUAUAUUCUAUUUCUGCAUUAGUCAAGUUGUGUGUUGCAUGGCAGUUUGUUAGAGUAACAUCAUGAGUAUAUUUUGUCAAUAUUAUGUCCUCCAAUAUACAUCUAAGUAAAUAUUUUCUUAAAAAAUAGCCUUAAAACAGUGUACACUUUUUGAGUUGCUGUAAAUAUAUCAAGAUUUGUUUUUAAGCUUUCCGCCACAGACAUAGUUGAUGGGGAAGCUUCAUGACAUUAAGGUUUUGUUGGCUCUGUUCUGACAUAAUAUACAACUUUCUGCAAUCGAUUCCAAACUUGCAACCAGAAUCAGAAGCCUGAUAUAAUGAUUACAUGUUUAGUGCACAACAGGGAUGUUUACUCUUAACAAGAAAUAUACACACAUUUUAAGCCAAGGCAAUAAGUGCCCUUGCAAACAGUUUUCAUUUGAACAAUCUUAUAGGAGCUUAUGAAGGAAACAUAAUGGAAAAACAGCAAAACACUGUUGUACAUCUUUAAAACACCAUUUAAGUUCACUGUGGUGCAGUAAGGCAUUCCUCAAGCACAUAUUCACCAAUGUUACAGUAUAGAAACAGUAAGUUUCUCAUGCACUGAUGAAGUGCAUGUUCCUAUAUUCACAGCUACCCAGGAUUAGAAUUUAAAGUUGUUCACCUAUAUCCCAUGGUUAUAAUCUCAGACCUUCCAAAGUCACUGUAUAGUUCUGAAAAAUAACAACACAUUUUGUGGGAUAUAAUCAAAAUGGCUCAAGAACUCAUCAAGUCAUGUAAUCAACAAAUGAAGUGUAUCGCCUAGUCUUCAUCAUAAAUUACUAAUCAGCUACGCAAGCCCUAAAUUAUAAUCAUUCUAAUCUUAUAAUAACUUUUUCUUCCUUCUCACCUUUUCUGAACUGUAGUGUGGGUUCAAGCUGUCAGAUUGCUAACAACUUAUUUGCACAAAACGCAUCACUGGACAGAACCACGAGUAUUACAAAUAAUCUAUUCAAACCACAUGUUCCACAUUUGACUUCUAAAAACCAGAUAUUUUCCCCGGAGAAAGUAUUCAAGGGAUUUGCAUUUUCUUACAUCUCAAACAAACAAGAUAGUGUACCCAGCAUCUAAUACAGGGUGAGGCAGCAUAACUUCAUUUUUUCAAAACUUAA